AUGAAGGUCAUCCUGGGCGGCGCGACGGGAUUUGUCGGCCAAGAGGUGCUGGGCCAGUUGACCCAGCACGCUGCUGUCACGUCCAUCGUCGCCUUCUCUCGCCGCCCUCUUCCCUUGCCACUAAGUCCCAAGGUCAACAAUGUAAUCAUCGAUGACCAUCUCUCCUACGGCCCCGCUGCCCUAAAAGCAGCUGAGGGUGCCGAGGCGUGUAUCUGGGCUCCGGGCCAGAAUCCCACAUCCGACGCUGCAUUGGCUAAGAAAGUCAGUCUCGACUUCACCAUGACGGCUGCCCGAACCUUCACCCCGGCUGCCGUGAGCCCAGGUGGCAGGAAGUUCCGCUUCAUCUACGUGAGCGGCGGGCUGGCCGAGCGUGACCAGACCAAAUCUCUCUGGGUCAUGCAAAGCUACCGGCGGAUUCGCGGCCAAGUAGAGACCGAACUGCUGGCGCAUGCCAAAGCGAAUGCCGACGUUUUGGAAGUCGUGAUUUUGAAGCCGGGUUUCAUCCUAGCGAAGCACAACAACAUCCGAGACAUAUUUCGAGGCUGGUGGCUCCUUCAGUGA